UUUUGUUCUCUCGUCUUGGUUGCAAUUGUCUUGUUCGACGUUGAUCGACUGCUUCCAUGAAAAUUUUCCUUUUCAGGACGACCUCGGGAUAAACCACCAGUAGUACUGUUUUCGUUUCUCCGCUACCUCAAUGUUCAGGGUUUCGUUGACCAAGGCUCCGUUGUCUCACCCAGUCUUCCCUUCUAUUAAAAAUGUUCAGAGCAGAACAGUGACUACAACAGUAACAUGCAAUGUUUCUCGGAGGCCCGAUAUUCCAAGUCCAAGAGGCAAGAUAUCUACGCCACAAGACUUCCUUAAAGCUAUUGGUCGUUCAUCUGAGACCAAAUUAUCCAUAGACAGCUGGGACGCGUUCUGGCGUACAUCAGGAUGGGAUAUGAAGAAUGCUGGGUUAAGCAUCCAAGACCGGAGGUAUAUCCUUUGGUCCAUGGAAAAGUUCAGGCAGAACCAACCAAUAGAAGGGUUUGCCCAUGAGGAGAGACCCAAGAAGAAAAUUCGAGGUCGAGGUCCCGCUGUGCAAUUCGGAAAGCGCAUUCGCUCGCGGAGAGAUCGGUAAUUCUGUACCGUACUCCAGCGUAAUUUCGCCCUCGAGUGUUCUUCAUUACACGCAUAUUCUGAAUUAAUCGACGACCUUUGUUCAAAUCGCGUUCAAAUUACUGUCAGUCGUUAGAGCUAUCUACCCAAAUUUCGGAUAAAGUCUUGUUACUUUUAGGCGCCCUUUGUUGGUCCAGACAAUUUCCCACGAGGCAUACUGGAAGUCAAAGGCGCCGUGAGCACGUUGCAGAGCACGAGUUCGAAGUCAAGCCGAAAUAGGUUUUGACGUUUUCUGAUCGAUGAUCUACGGUCUUCUUGCUGCGCAGGCAAUGCGCAGGAUACAAGAAUUCUGCCUGCAGGUUGACUGUGCUACAUCCUAUUGCACUUGCUAUCUGCAUGAGUGCGCAUGACAUCUGUUCAAUCGCCGGAAUCAAAAUCGGGGCUGUGCCCUUUGUUAUACUCUCAACGACGAUUG